AUGAGUACACCAGAUGAUCCAGUUAUUCAUAGUCCUGGAUCAAUGCGUAAUGAUCCGUCAGUAACAACGCAAAUGCCAGCGGUAGCGGCACCGGUACCAGCAUCAACAAUUAUAUCAAAUAGUGGUGCAGAAAUUUUAUCGGGUGAAAAUAUUAUAACAACAGGUACAGAUACGGGUACACUAGUUGGUAAUACAGCAGCAACCAUGGUAACAUCAACUAAUGCAGCAGCAGCAAUACGAUGUAACGGUGGUGGUGGUGGUUCCGGUAUUACGGUAACGGUAGCACCAGGUUCAUUGCCGGCAGUUGCUGCAGGCAAUCUUUUGCGAUUAUUGAAGGGUGGUUUAUCCGGUGUAGGUUUAAAUAUGAUGGAUGAAUUAACAAUGAAUACCGGUAGCGUACGUCAAAAUGCUCCGUCAUCCAGUGGUUGUUGUUCACCAAAUAUAGAAACUGGCACUGAUGAAGCACGACGUCGUCAAAAAACGUGUCGCGUAUGUGGUGAUCAUGCAACGGGUUAUAAUUUUAAUGUUAUCACAUGCGAAUCAUGUAAAGCUUUCUUCAGAAGAAAUGCUCUAAGACCUAAGGAAUUUAAAUGUCCUUAUUCGGAUGACUGUGAUAUUAAUUCGGUAAGCCGUCGAUUUUGUCAGAAAUGCCGGCUACGAAAAUGUUUUUCUGUUGGUAUGAAAAAAGAAUGGAUUUUAAAUGAGGAACAAUUAAGAAGGCGGAAAAAUUCACGUUUAAAUCAUAUGCAACAACAACAACAACAACAACAACAACAAAAUCGUAAUACAAAUGUUAAUAAUAGUGGUACAACACAUGUAACAAUAGCUGCUCAUACAAAUACAACAAGAAAAUUAUCAACACCAAUGAAUAUUACUACCUCGAAUCAACCAUGCAAUACUACUUCAUCAUCAAGUACACCACCAGCUAUGUUUAGUGCAGCUCAAAUGAUUCAUCGCAGGGAAUCAGAUGCGACACUUGUUAGUCCAUCCGCUGUUCAUACGAUGCUAAGUCCUACUAAUUCAACUGUUUCACCCUCAGUACUAUCUUCCUCAUCACCUGAUUCCCCGACACAUAGUGCUCUAAUCGGUCUACCUCAGCUCGAUACCAGCAGCGAUGCCUACGAAUCAAAUUUGAUGCGUUUACAACGACAACAAGCAGCUGUAGCUGCUAGUGCAGCUUAUGCAAAUUUACGUCGAAAUGGUUGUGGUUCAGCAAUGCUACCACCAAAUUCAGCAUUAUCAUCAUUAGCUAGAACAGGUCCAGAACCACAUGUAACAAUGUCAAUGGAUGAAUAUCAAGCAUUGGUAAAAGCAGCUAAAGCAGGUGGUGCUUUGGUACCACCGGUACCAGCGGUACCAUCUUCUAGCUCUGAUCCAUGCUCAUCACAAUCGAUCUGUAAUACAUUGGAUGAUAUUAAACGAAAUAUUUAUUCACCAAUUGAUCAUGAAACAACAACAGCAACAACAACAACAGCAAUGAAUAUUGGAAAUAGUCAUGGUAUCAUACGACCAUCAUUAAUUCAAUGUACACCAAUCACCGAUUAUACAGAAUUAAGCGCUGCAGCAGCUAAUUUACCACGUGGAACGUUCAAAUUAACGUCAGACGUGGAAAAAAAAGUAAAAUAUAUGCACGAUACGAUACACGAUGAGCUGAAUACUAUUUCACCGAAAUUAUGCACUGAACGUGAAACUUUAAAACAAGCAAUUUAUCAUGAAGGUGACUCACGACUUAAUUAUCAACUUAAUUCAGCUGAACUUCGUGCACUAGAUAUUGUUCGAGAUGCAUUUGCAUGUAUGAAUGAACCAAUUGAAGAUUCUCGAAAAGCGGCAUAUCUAAAGAAAGUUACUCAUGAUCCAACCGAUAUUCUUAAUAUUAUUGAUAUUACAAUGCGACGAUUGGUUAAAAUGGCAAAAAAAUUACCAGCAUUUAAUGAUUUAUCACAAGAUGGAAAAUUUGCUUUAUUAAAAGGUGGAAUGGUUGAAAUGUUAACGAUGCGUGGUGUGACACGUUUUGAUAUGGAUCGAAAAUGUUGGCGGACACCGGUUGUUUCGGAUGAUAGUAAAAUAUCAUUGGAAAUGUUUGAUCAAUUAAAAGAGGGACUUCGUGAUCGACAAAAAGAAGGAUUUUUAAAAUUUUGUGAAUCAUUACAUCCAGAUCUUCGAAAUAAUGAGCUUGCAAUUGAUUUAAUUGUUCUUAUUUUGUUGUUUGAUCCAAAUCGUGAUGCACUUCUGGAUCCGGCUGAUCGAAUUACCGUUGUCCGGCAUUGUCAAGAGUAUCAAGCUCUUUUGCAUCGUUAUAUGGAAUCAAUGUAUGGUCAUGAGGCACGUUCACGUUACGAACGUUUACCGGAAUCAUUAAGGAUUUUGAGAACAAUUAGCCAGAAUGCUAUAACACUAUUCCUGGGACGUGUUGAUCCGAAUCAAUCGGAAGCACUUCCAAAAGAAUUCUUCAAAACUACUUAG